GAAGACGGCACUCCACGCUGAAGGAAUGAUCCUGACGGCUGCUGUGUCAGCAGGAAAGCUGACCAUCGACCCAGCCUACAAUAUCCCCGCCAUGGCUGAGAACUUGGACAUUGUCAACCUGAUGGCGUACGACCUGCACGGUGCCUGGGAGACCUACACCCACCACCAGUCUGGUCUCUAUCCUUACCCUGACGACACCGGAGAUAACGUUUACCUCAACCAGGACUUCGCUGUGAGGUACUGGAUAGACGGAGGAAUGCCAAGCACCAAGAUCGCUCUGGGAGUGCCUCUGUACGGCCGCUGCUACAAGCUGGACUACAGCACUGACGAGACUGGUUACUACGCCCCUGCCAGCCAGCCAGGACCAGCUGGACCUUACACCAGGAGUCCAGGCUUCCUGGGCUACAACGAGAUCUGUGAGUUCCAGAAGGAUGAGGGUGACUGGGUAGUGGAGAUAGCACCAGGUAUGAACGAGCCUUACACCUACAGCUACAACCACGAGAGGAUCUGGUGCUCUUACGAUGACCACGACUCUUGUGUCGUCAAGGCCAACUACGCUAAGAGCAUGAACCUGGCUGGUAUGAUGGUGUGGAGCAUUGAAACUGAUGACUUCCUGGGUUACUGUGACGAAAGACCCUUCGAUCUUAUCAAGACCCUGAGGGAGACCUUCACCGGGGAAGUUAUCCCCACACCACCCACACCACCCACCACUACUGCUGAUCCUGACGCGACCACCACCCCGUCCACCACCACUCGAGGUCCUCCUCCACCUGACGGUGUGUGUUCCAAGCCAGGUCUCAACCCUGACCCUGAGAACUGUCACCACUACUACCUCUGUGCCCCGAACACUGAGAACGGUUACGACGCGACUGAGGAAGUGUGUCCUGAGGGCACCCUCUUCAACCCCAACGCUAAUAUCUGCGACUGGGAAGCUUCCGUCUGCGCUAUCAGCGGAACCUGCACCAACGACUGUCCCUUGUCAACGCUGGCCGCCUUGCUGGCCCUCUCAGCUGCGAGUGAUGGGGUGAUGGUGUGCUACUACGGCUCCUGGGCCGUCUACAGGCCAGACAACGGCAAGUUCGACGUGGAAAACAUCGACCCGGCCAUCUGCACCCAUCUCAUCUUCGGCUUCGCUGGACUCGGCUCAGACAACAAGAUCAGGGUAUUGGACCCGUACAACGAACUGUGUGAGAACUACGGCAAGUGCGCCUACGACAGGUUCAAUGCCCUGAAGGACAAGAACGCUGAGCUGGUCACCAUCCUGGCCGUGGGAGGCUGGAACGAGGGAUCCACCAAGUAUUCCCAGAUGGCAGCGAGCGCUGGCACCAGGCAGACCUUCGUUGACUCCUCCGUUGAGAUGCUGAAGACUCACAACUUCGAUGGUCUGGACAUGGACUGGGAGUACCCGACCCAGCGUGGAGGAAACCCAGAAGACAAGGAGAACUUCGUCAGCCUUCUGUCAGACCUGAAGACGGCACUCCACGCUGAAGGAAUGAUCCUGACGGCUGCUGUGUCAGCAGGAAAGCUGACCAUCGACCCAGCCUACGACAUCCCCGCCAUGGCUGAGAACAUAGACAUUGUCAACCUGAUGGCGUACGACCUGCACGGUGCCUGGGAGACCUACACCCACCACCAGUCUGGUCUCUAUCCUUACCCUGACGACACCGGAGAUAACGUUUACCUCAACCAGGACUUCGCUGUGAGGUACUGGAUAGACGGAGGAAUGCCAAGCACCAAGAUCGCUCUGGGAGUGCCUCUGUACGGCCGCUGCUACAAGCUGGACUACAGCACUGACGAGACUGGUUACUACGCCCCUGCCAGCCAGCCAGGACCAGCUGGACCUUACACCAGGAGUCCAGGCUUCCUGGGCUACAACGAGAUCUGUGAGUUCCAGAAGGAUGAGGGUGACUGGGUAGUGGAGAUAGCACCAGGUAUGAACGAACCUUACACCUACAGCUACAACCACGAGAGGAUCUGGUGCUCUUACGACGACCAUGACUCUUGCGUCAUCAAGGCUGACUACGCUAAGAGCAUGAACCUGGCUGGUAUGAUGGUGUGGAGCAUUGAAACUGAUGACUUCCUGGGUUACUGUGACGAAAGACCCUUCGAUCUUAUCAAGACCCUGAGGGAGACCUUCACCGGGGAAGUUAUCCCCACACCACCCACACCACCCACCACUACUGCUGAUCCUGACGCGACCACCACCCCGUCCACCACCACUCGAGGUCCUCCUCCACCUGACGGUGUGUGUUCCAAGCCAGGUCUCAACCCUGACCCUGAGAACUGUCACCACUACUACCUCUGUGCCCCGAACACUGAGAACGGCUACGACGCGACGGAGGAAAUUUGUCCAGAAGGCACUCUCUUCAACCCCAACGCUAACAUCUGCGACUGGUCGUACUCAGUGUGCGCCAUCGGCAACAUUUGUGAGAACGACUGCGCCUAAGCCUCUCCCGUUCACACUGCCUCUACAAGCUUCUUCAAACCACCCUGCCUCUCCCUGGAGCUCUCCCGUUCACACUGCCUCUGCAACACCUCGUCCUGAAGCCUCAUUAGACCGCUCUCCGUCCUCUCUUUGUUAUUGUUGCCGGUUUAUAGAGUCAACGAGACGUUGCGCCGUAUCAUCAUAGGGCCAUUUACACCUUGCGCCGUAUCGAGAUCUUUUCCGUCAUGUGCAACUGUUUUCCUUAAGUAAAUUCCUUGAAAUAAAUGACAGAAUUCAUA